AUGAAAGUCACGCUUUCCCAGUACACGCGUGAACUCUCUUUGCUUUCCAAUAUCAAAACCCAACGUUCUAAAAUGAACCCUCCCUUCAUAAGUACAAAAACCCACAUACAUACCCAAGUGAAAGAAGCUCGCUCUCUCUCUCUCUCUCUCUCUAAAUUUGUUGUAGUGAGCUCUUGUUACCUUCACAUACUUGAACUAUGUCCAUGGUGGAGGUGAGAGUUCCAAACCUGGAUUGCGAGGGAUGUGCUGCUAAACUUAGAAAAUCUAUUUCUAAGCUCAAAGGAGUGGAAGAGAUAGAAAUAGACAUGGAGACACAAAAGAUAACGGUGAGAGGCUACGCCAUAGAGGAAAAGAAGGUGCUCAAAUCGAUCAAGCGUGCAAGCAAAGCAGCCAAGCCAUGGCCAUACCCAAGAGGCUACUCUCAUUUCACUUCAUUUUACAAGUACCCUUCUUACGUUGUCAACCACUACUAUCAUGACACAUUCAAAAUUGUCUCUCCGGACAAUAUCCAUAGUUUCUUCCACACUCCUGCAGUUUACUCGGUUGCAGUUGUAUCAGAUGAAGUUGUUGCUUCGCUUUUUAGUGAUGAAAAUCCUCAUGCAUGUACUAUCAUGUAAUCUUGCAGUUUUUUUUUUUUUUUUUUAAUUCCCUUAUCUUGUGAUGUAUGUUUAGGUCAUGUAAUUUAGUUGUUUGUUAACUCUAUAUUUGCAUUUUGUACGAGUUUUUUUGAAAUUUUUCCCAUCCAUGAAUUAAUUCACAAGAAGCAGAGUUUGAGUUUUCGAGAGGAUUCUUAUUUUUAUUUUUAAAGAGUCUAUUUUCAUAACUCUGAAUACAAGCUUUUAUUGCAACAAAAAAUCCAAAAUAUAGUAACUUUAGCUACAAGGUCAACAACCUCAUGCUCAUGGCUAACUCUGGGUGAGGGAAG